AUGGUACACACCAAAGUAGUCAUCAUUGGCUCCGGCCCCGCUGCACACACAGCCGCCAUCUAUCUUUCGCGAGCGGAGCUCAAACCAGUUCUCUAUGAGGGCAUGCUCGCUAACGGCACCGCUGCCGGCGGUCAGCUCACCACAACCACUGACAUUGAGAACUUCCCCGGUUUCCCCGAUGGAAUCGGUGGAGCAGAGCUGAUGGAGAACAUGCGCAAGCAAUCCGCCCGGUUCGGCACUGAGAUCAUCACAGAGACCAUCUCGAAAGUCGACCUGUCACAGAGACCGUUCAAGCUGUGGACGGAAUGGAACGAUGGCCCCGACAAUGAACCGGCUCACACUGCCGAUGCCGUCAUCAUUGCAACUGGCGCCAAUGCCCGUCGUCUCAACCUGCCCGGUGAGGAGAAGUACUGGCAAAACGGAAUCAGCGCGUGUGCCGUCUGUGACGGAGCCGUGCCCAUCUUCCGCAACAAGCCCCUCUACGUGAUUGGAGGUGGAGACUCUGCUGCCGAGGAGGCCAUGUUCCUGGCCAAGUACGGUAGCAACGUUACUGUUCUCGUUCGUCGAGACAAGCUGCGGGCCAGCAAAGCCAUGGCUAACCGUCUGCUCAGCCACCCCAAAGUUACCGUCCGCUUCAACUCCGUUGCUGUGGAGGUGCUUGGUGAGGCAAAACGUAAUGGUCUGAUGACCCAUUUGAAAGUCAAGGACACCGUCACUGGCCAGGAGGAGGUCGUCGAGGCCAAUGGUCUGUUCUACGCUGUUGGCCACGAUCCCGCCACCGCAUUGGUCAAGGGUCAGAUUGACCUCGACGAGGAUGGCUACAUUAUCACGAAGCCGGGUACUAGCUACACCAGCCUCGAAGGCGUCUUCGCUUGCGGUGAUGUUCAGGACAAGCGUUACAGGCAAGCUAUCACCAGUGCAGGAUCCGGCUGUAUCGCGGCUCUGGAAGCAGAGAGAUUCCUCUCCGAAGCCGACAACGUUGAGGAGGAGAACCUGAAGGGCAUAAGUGUCGAGAAGUCCGCCAUCCAACCCGCCGCUCAGGAGACAGGCGUCAAAACCGACAAUGAUGCCAGCGCUGCCGUUCCCGAGUACAAAUCCAACCCUCUCCUCUAA